AUGGGUAAUAAAACACCUUUCCCAAAAAACCCUGAAACAUCUACAGUAGAGACAUCAGCAAACCCUUCAGAAAUUGCGGGCAUCGCACUAUCUGCAUUUGAUAAUAGUACAACUGCCGAUUACUUUGCUUUGAUUACACAUGCCAUCGAUCGUCAUCGUCUUCGUAUCUUCAAUGUGCGAUCAGGUACCGUCAGUAAUGAUUAUUCAUCACAGGAGCGUGUUACCUGUUUAUCUUUCAAAAAGAAAAAAAGUGGCAUUAGUUCUCUUUCAAGAGUGAUCGCGUUAGGUAUGCAAACAGGUUCUAUUGCUCUCUAUUCUCUUGCUCACGGUACAAUCGUAAAGCGAUUAACUGGAUCUCAUACAACUCCAAUUUCUGAUUUUGUAAUGAACAAAGAUGGUUCUCGAGGUUAUUCAGUAGCUGAGGAUAAUUUAAUUAUUGAAUGGGAUAUUGAGGAAGGAAAAGAGCGAUUUAAAUGGAAAGCAGAUGCAAAGAAUGUACGUAAAUUAAAACUAAGUCAUGAUGAAAAGAAAUUAGCAACAGCAGGACAUACAAUCACAUUAUGGAAUUUGGAAACAUAUACAGUUUUCAAGAAGUUUACAGGACAUGCUAGUACAAUUCGUGAAUUAUCGUUUUCUCAUCAAGAUGAUGUUUUAGUGUCAAGUGCAGAAGAUGAUCGUUAUAUUAACGUUUGGGAUGCUCAGGCUAUUAAUACUAAUAAUCUUCCUGCCUUAACUUUGGAAACUAAUGUGCUUCAUAUUGAUUUUUCAACUACAGAGCCCUCUGUUUUGGCUGUAACAGAAGAUGGUUUAGUGGGUAUCUGGGAAAACGCUACAUCAACACAACAAGCCUUAACAGGAAAACGUAAAAUGAUGCGAAUGACUAAAGAAGCAGAUGCAAAUAUGAAGAUCAUCUCUACUACAGAUGGUAGUCUUAUUCCGAUCUUAGCUGCCAAGUUUGUGACUGAUAACUCGGGUAAAUCGAUUAUGAUUGCUCGUGGAUCUAGUGUGAAGCCUACAUUUGAAGUAGUCAAGUAUGUGGGAGAGGAUAAUGCAAUUUUAUCAGAAAUUACACUUAAUAGACAACCCAUUACCAACUACUUGAUUGAUUCCGAUGCUUCCAUUGCUGCCAAUAACUUGCGAACAACACGUAAGGCAUAUGAUGAAUCAACCGUCACCGUUGUAGGUAACACUGAUUUUUCCAUGAGGGCACCUACACUUGAUAUCCAAACUGAUAAUGCAGAACCUUCAAUUGAACAAAGACUUCAAGAACUAGAUGUCAUUGACACUCCAAAGCCAAAGAAGACUAAUAAAAAGAAGGCUAUUGAAGCACCCUCCGCUAGUUCCUUACAAACUGUCUUGGUUCAAGCUUUACAUUCAAACGAUUCUAGUCUCCUUGAAGCCUGUUUACAACACUCAAAGCCAGAGACAAUCCAAAACACCAUUCGCCGUUUACCCACGCAAUACUUGAUUCCUUUAUUGUUAGAAUUAAUGACUCGAUUCCAAGAAAAGCCUGGUCGAGCACCUGUGUUACUUGUGUGGAUUAAAGCCAUUUUGACAAUUCAUACAGCUUAUUUAAUGACGGUCCCUGACUUGGUUGGCAAACUAGCAGGCUUUUACCAGGCGUUAGAUACACGUUUAGCAGUUUUCCCUAAAUUAUUAGCGUUGGAAGGACGUUUGGAUAUUGUUCAAGGACAAGUGAAUACAAAGGCCUAUUCGAAUGUAGAUGAUAAACAAGAUCAAGAUGUAUUAGAAUAUAGUGAAGAAGAAGAAGAAGAAGAAGAGGAAGAAGAGGAAGAAGAGGAAGAAGAGGAAGAGGAAGAAAGUGAUGAAGAAUAA